AUGCUCGACAGUGGAAAUUAUGAUAUUGAUGAUGACGAUGAUGAUUAUGAUGACAACACAGUAACGUCCGUGAUGAUGAUGGCGGAUGAUCGGCGGCCAAGGCGACAACUUACGCCUUUGACAAGAUUGUAUCUCAAAGAUUCGGAGAGAAAUUGGAAGGAAGAGGAGGAUGAAGAGAAGAAGAUGAAAGAUAAAAAGGGGGAGAGGAAGAUUCGGUUUUCGAAGACUGCGGCUGUUGCUGUUGCCACCGCUAGUGUCGUAUCCAACAGUUAUAAUUCGGCUUCUUUUACUUGUCAGGGCGUUCAUAUAGACAAAUACGUGGCUGCUGUGUGGGAUGCAUGGAUGAUCAGCAUCGCCAACACAGCGUAUUUAGCCGGCAAUCAACAACAACAUUGCGGUCAAAACGCAGGAAAAAAUAACGCGCACGCGAUCCCCUACAGCUGCGGCGGUUAG